AUGAAUUGUGAGGAAUGCUCUAACAUUCAGGCAAAAGUUAUCUGCUCAGAAUGUGACGAAGCCCUUUGCCCUCGUUGUGACGACGCCAUCCAUCGUGGUGGCAAGCGAAAAACCCACACACGUCAAACACUAUGCCAAAACUGUAGGUCUCCGGCUAUCCAAUUAUGCAACACUUGCCAAAUCAGCAUAUGCAGCAAUUGCAAGCAGGCUCAUAUGAAGCACAGUAUUACAACGCUUUCCCCACCAAGCCGCGUCGCUGUUUUUUGGGACCUUAACACGUGUAGACCGUUGCGCCCAGAAGAUGUGCAAACUGCCAUAACAAGUAUAAAAGAAAAAUUCCAAAAAGUCGAAUGUGAUCUGCAGUGGGUCAAUAAUUAUUGGAAAAUAUUCUAUUGCAAGGAAUAAAUACAUUGAAAAAAUCUAAUUUUUAGCUUUUUUUUUUAGGAAAAAUAGCAUUUUUAUUAAUAAAUAUUUAUAAAGUCUAUUAAAUGGGCAUAACUGUGGAGGAUAAAAAAUAUUUAUAGUAAAUUUUUAUAAUAAAAAGCAUAUAAAAGCGUAUGGCGACUGAUUCAUUAAAUGAAAGGACAUCUUUGAAGCAGCUGGUGUUAAGCUUGUUAUUUGUGAAGGUCUAACUCCCAACCUCCGUGAGUGAAUAAAACCAUUGGAAAAAUCCCUAUUUUUUGGAUAAAAAACCCCUUCCAUAAGCGAACAAAAAAUUUUCUAUGAAAAAUUAUUUUGAUAUAUAAGUCAUAAUGAUUAUAAUGAAAUCUCUAGAUAAUUCUGUUUAAUUUAAACAGCUUGCAUUUUAAAAUAUAAAUUUCGCAAAUUAAAAUUAAUUUCACUUUUCGAUUCUGAAGAAAAAAAAAAUCCAUAGGGGGGUUAAGGGAAACUGAAGCUUUGCUUAUCGACAUUUCGUCUGAAGGCUCGAAAGGGCUGACUGAAAUUUUGGUGCUCUGCAGCCAAGCCAUACAAAUAAGGCAUCAUCUCGCUCAAAUUCAAGCGAAUUUGCCCAGUGUGAAACUUCUAAUUUCGUCAACUUACUAUCCCAUAAACCCAUUCCCUGUCGAAAUGCUGCCGAAAGAAAUGGACGGGCCAACAAAAAUCCCUGUGCCUUCUUCGAAACCUUCAGUCCAAGGGCGAAAUUCAUUUUCUGAGUUCCGAUCGGGACUAUUCUCUAUUUAAUAAAUUUAUUUCUAAUAAUUAUACUUAAAAAUAAUGGCUAACUAAUAAAAAAAGCAUAAAACCAGGCGAAAAAGUAGUGAUCCUUGAGGCUUGCCCAGUUAUGCAAAGAUUCGUCAGAAAAGCUGAACAAGACGCUUCCCACGACCAACUCCUGUCCGCUCUCAAAGAGCUUGCUGAAAAAGGCCAAAUAAUGCACGAAACCAAAGAAUUCGUCCAAUACUUCUCCCAAAAGUUCAGAAUAUCCUCUGAUAGGACAAUGGAUUUUAUAAAUUCUGCAAGUAGGCUUGACAUAGUCCAUUUGACUGAGAGACAGUUCGGGAACAUAAAAUCAAUGUCUUUUAUUAGCAUGAAACUGAGUAGUCUCAGCCUGGAAAGUUUGCUAUGGACUUUACGAUCUUUAAGAGUAGACGAAAUGAUGCCAACUGAGAGAGCCAUAAUGUCCCGUAUGAAAGAAGCUUUUGAAUUCAAGCCAUCACCUGUACAGUGGGACAACCUCCUAGACGCUUGCAAAGGGUUCUACCAAGAAAAGCACCACCAUACCAAAAGUGCCCCAGCAGAAAAGCAAGGCAUCGAUUUUUCAAUUUUUAUGCACCAACAAGGUGACUCUGAGCCGCUAUUUACCACAGACCAAAUCCCUGAAUUUAUAAUCAGAGACAUCAAUGACCCAGUCACAGGCCAAGACACCCACGUCAUCUUUCCUAAAGGCGAAGAAUGGGAGUCAGUAGACCAGCUUAUCAAGGUAGGCGACGUCCUCCACAUAAAGCAGACAAGAGAAUGGCAAAACUUUGUGGAGUUUUUAGAGCGCUAUUUUUCCUCAGCUGGGCCAAAAAUAGAUGAAUCUACAGCUAUACCUGGAGGGAGAUAUGGCUGUGCGCAAUUUUUGAAGCUUUGUGCGCCUACUUUGCAGAGCUCUUCUUUAGGCAAGCUUAGCUAUAUGGUCCAGCUAGCUAUAGACGAAGAUCUGUUAAGAUACCAAAGGACUUUAUUAGUAUGAACACCUGUGACGACCAAAAAAAACUACGAAGAAGAUAACGCUAACAAGCUUAGAGCUGUCCAAUUCGCAGUCGUAGAAGUCCUCAAAGAGAAUCGAAGCGGGAUUUCUCUAGCCCAGCUUCCUUUGUACCUUAAGAGAAAACUUAGUUUCCAUUUAGAUCUACAAGAACUAGGAUUUUCUAAGCUAAAAGACUUAUUAUUGACGAUCCCGAAUGUAGAAAUUGUGCUUAAAGGGACAAAUCAUCCUUUUGCGAUAUGGAAGCCAAGCAAGAAAAAGACAAUUUCAGACACAGAAGAGGUCUCAAAAAGCAUGGACGAAAUCUUGCAUGACUGCAAACAAGGACUCCCAGGAUCCCGCGUUGAGAUGAUGCUCCAUGCUAAGUUUGGACAUCCAAUCAAUUGAAGUGACUAUAAGUGCAGCAAUAUUUAUGACUUUGUACAGAGAAGGGCUGCCAGCAUGUUUUCUAUCACCGGACAAGGCGAUUUCAGAAAUAUCGUCAAAGCAGGGGUUAGGUCGUCAGUUUUUAACAAGGAAACAUACGAAGACGACUCCCAAUACACAAGAGGUUCAUAUAGCUCUAUUUUUUCCAACUCAGGAGAUUUAUUAUACGUCAACGAGCCCCAACAGAAAGUUGUGAAUGUAUCAAAUCUCCCACCAGAGCUCCAAAACAACCCAAAUACCCAUUUUUCCCCUUUAUAUAAUUUUGAGGGCCAUGAAGAACAACAGCGGAAAUUCAUUGAGACGUUGCUGGGUGAAGAAGAUAUGUCGAAUACCUUACAAGGCGCUGACCCACCCCACUAUAGGACGGAUAGCGUUGAGUAUCAUCAUUUACCUGCUCGUGGGCCUUAUUUGGUUAGUGUAGAAGGCCAUAAGAACGCGCUCAGUGAAGAUUUCCAGGAAUUCGUGCCAGAUCGUAAUAGAAAAUACCACUCUUCUUUUGGGGGAUUUUCUAUUAGUCCUCCACCUGGGUUCGGCCCUUAA